AUGGCGACCUGGCGGAGCAUUACAAUAUUAAUGGUCUGGCGUCGUAUGCUUGUAAUGUCAUUUCUCAACAUAAUUGGGUUGUUUCUGAUCAAACGGUUCGUGAUGGAUAACGAGCCCCAUCACAAAAUGACGAAGAAGAAGGUUCUUUACAACUUGAUGGAAGAGACGCCAAAUAUGCCCAGAUACGUCAAAGACUGCACAAUCGAAUAUGCAAAUGAACACAAAUUACAGCAAGAUCAUCUGUGCCUGUUGGAUAUUAUUCGGCGUCAGUAUCUUAAUAAACCAUCACCUGCUGACGUGCCACUCUACCUGGACUACCCGAACAUUAAAGAUCAGUCCGCUGGUCAAGUGACGGCCAUCCUACGUUUACUAAGGAAUCUAACAAAAGACUUUUUCAUCGAGAGUGGAGCAGCUGAUGGUGAAUCGUUUUCCAAUUCGCUUUUCCUUGAACGCUAUAUGAACUGGACUGGAUUGCUGAUCGAGCUUGAACCGAAAUCUUAUGGCAACCUGGCCAAACGCAAUCGCAAAUCGUGGACACUGCCGAAUUGCCUCAGUUUAGAAAAAUACCCAACCGAAGCAUCCUUUGAUAAAACUGAAAUUACAGGCAAAAUUAUUGGCAGUAAAGUUUCGCAAUCUGAGUUGGCUAAAGGCAAAUUGACUAACGUCCAGUGUUUGCCACUCUAUUCCAUUUUGCUGGCCCACGGCUAGACCUGGGUGGAUUUCUUCA